AUGAAGGGUGAGAUUGAAGUUAGAGACGCUUCGAAUGAGUCGCUGGUUGUGUUCAGCACAUCAGUACCGAACGCGACAGAUAAUUUCGGUGGGAUGCCACCGAAACUUUGCACCUUUUUCGGUUGGAUUUCACCGGUGAGAAACUUAAUAUUCGGUGGGGAUCCACCUAACUUAUUGCCAACCACAAAUUUAAUCCAAGCUAUUUUGAUCUUACUCCCAUUGAAGGAACAAAAUAUCCAAGCUAUUUUGAUCUUACUCCCAUUGAAGGAACAAAAUCAAGGUGACGCCCCUACUGAAGGCAACAAUGUGGGAACAGAAUGUCUCUAUAAGCCUCGCGAAAACCAAUCAGCAUUCGAUACAUAUAUGCAUAUAGAGAAAUUCCCUAAGGGUAUUAGGAAAUAUAUCACUCACCAGACUGAAGUUCUUCCGGAUGGUAACUGUGGAUAUAGAGCCAUAGCUAUGGCAAUGAGAUUUGGUCAUAAUGAAUGGCGUAGGGUACGCAAGGAUUUGUUGCAACAACUACAUGAUAUGUCUUUUGUUUUUAAGAAGUGUAUUCGGGAACAUAAACGAUACAACGAGAUUGAGCGAGCGCUAAAUUAUUUUGAUGAUGGAUUUGCACCAUUCUUUUGUUGGAUGACCAUGCCUGAUAUGGGACAUAUUAUUGCCACACGUUAUAAUGUGGUUUUAAUCCUUCUAAGCAUGCGUCAAUGCCUUACAUUUCUUCCUUUUUCAGUUCAAUCAAGCGAAACCAAGCUAAAUGAGAUUGCCAUUGGUUUUGUUGACGAUGAUCACUAUGUCCAGGUUCAUUUGUCUCCAGAUCAUCCUAUUCCACCAGUUUCUAGAAUGUGGCAUGAACAAAGUGACAUAUGCAAUGUAACACAUUUGUACUCGAGGUACCAAGCACGUGUGGAUGCUUUUCAACAACUUCCGGGAAUGGAGAAUGUAGCUACUACAGAUACCGUCAUCCUAAUGACUGAUGAAAAUGCACCUGUUACAUAA